AUGUAUCUGAAAAUUUACAAACUAAUCAACAACUCUUUUCUUCUUCUACUUUCAGCGGGCAGCGCACGUAACUCAACAACACUGCGCGUACGCGGUAGGCUCAAUACUGGUGCGGCUGAAAAAUCCUUCCUCGAGCCGUUGCGCAUAAAUAGACUGCAGCUGCUGGAGCGUGAUCAACAAAUAUCCGACAAUGUUGUCUCCUCAUCGACCACAACAGGAUUGAAAUUGAUGCGCGCCAUCACAGCCGAACAAAUGGAUCUCGACGAUGACAUCACCGACGAAGAAGACUGCGAAGUACAUUCCAUAACAAGAGGGGCGCAAUGCUACAAUAGACACAACAACAACAACAACACCAGCAGCCACAACAUUAAAACAGUAUUCACAGCACCCACGCUGCAUGACAAACAAUCACUGCCACCCAAAAUAGCAACAACAACAACAACAACGACCUCUGCGAACAAUCAGCAUAGCCCGAAACAUUACCAGCAGCAAUAUUACGCCGCUAGUGAUGACGACGAACAUGAUUCCGAUACAUAUUCAAGCAUAUGUGAGAUUAAAAAUACCGAAGGCUUAUUGGCAAUCGCAUUAAAAACCAUCAAACUGGUGAAACGUAAUCAAAUGUUGCAACGCCGUUUGGCGCAGCUGCAGCUGGAAACUUCCGAAUUCAUACAAUCAGUGUUGGCAAAUCCAGAGAAUCGUCACUUUCGCAACAAAAUGCAAAAGCCUUCAUCGCCAUCGGCGGUCACGUCUGCCACAUCGCCCAGUGUAACGCCUUUGCAGGCGUUGCAAUCACCAACAGCGACGGCGGCUGACAAUUGAGCGUAGUAGAUUUCUCAUAGAUACAUACAUACAUACAUCCAGCUAUGCAUUUGCAUGGUUCCGGCGAUAUGUUGCUGUUGGCGUGCUUCAAAGCGCUUUUUAGCAACAUGUUGCUCACUAAUAAUAAUGUUGCGAUGCACAAAUCAGCUAUUAAAUACAUAUAUACAAGCGCUUAUAGUACACACAAGCACGCGCACGCGCGCCUGUCUCACCGAUGUGCUUUCUGCGUAGCUUUUGUUAAGCCAGCAGUUGCCGGUUGUUUUGUUGCAUACUUGUAGGCGCAUCGCGAUUUCACCUCAAAUUGUGAUAAACAAAAAAAAAAAAUAAAUAAAUAAAUCGAAGCAUAACACAGCGUUGCCGCUUUACUAAAAUACUUAGCUGCUAGUAAUCAACUCCACUUAUCUACAAACUUCAUACAUACAUACAUACAUACAUAUGUCUACCCUCUACUACUAAGAAUUAACUAUGUAUAGAUAUUUAUUCAAUUAUGUACGUUCAUAAUGUUAGAAAA